CAACAAAAUGAAAAUAAAAUACAUUUUUCUAUGAAUGAAUGAAAUAUUUACGCACGUUGAUGAACAACUGAUUGACGCACGUUGAUAAUCAAUCCAAUCACUAAUCGAAAACUGGACAUCCAUAUACGUCCAUAGUAUUCAGAUGAGAUCAACAUCAACAACAAUCUAACAGACCUAGACACAUCUCUUCAUAUGGUCUUCUCUCUCUCAUAUCUUUAAUCACAUUGUUUGUAUAUAGAUAAAUGAUCACCAUCAUCAUAGUGAUAAUCUUAAAUAACAAAUUCUCAUUUCACCAUUGCCAUCAUCAUUGUCAUCAUCCGAUUCGAUCGUUACGCAAAUAAAACAUUUUGUUUGUUGAAAUUGAAUGUUUACAAUACACAUCAUCAAACAUCAUGAUCAAAAAGUGUUGGAAUAAAUUGUUGAUUGAAAAUGUAUCAUCAUUAAUCACUUGUAUAGUGUAUUAUUAUUAUUUUAUUGUCAUGAUUAUUAUUGUUCAAUCAGCAGUAAUAAUCGAUAGUAAUAGUCAUAAUAAUAAUCGAUUAUUAUUAUUGACAAAACGUGAUUGGAAAUCAACAUUACCGGUACCGAUACCAAAACCGGGAGAAUAUUCUCAAGGUUCUAUACUGCAAUUUUUAAAUCGUAAACAAAAUUUGGAUAGGAAAACAUCCAAUCAAGAUGUUAUUACGACAAUUGACAAUACUGAUCCAUUAUCAUCAUUGCAACAAUUAAAUCUGACUGAAGCAAAUCGUUGUCUUUUGGGUAGCGAAUUUGACCAUUGUCCAGCCAAUCUUGAAUGUCGAUCAUUGCCACAUUAUGAUUCAAAAUUCAAUGUUUGUGUUCAAAUUGAUUGUAGUUUAGAUUGUCAAAAUUUUAAUGAAAUUCAUUGCCCAUCGGAUAGUCAAAUUAUUCAACAAAUGAUUGAAAUAAAGGGGAAAAAAUGUUGUCUCCAUUUUUGUAACUGUGAUGAAAAUAAAUGUACUGUACAAAAAUGUCUUGGUUCACGUCCGGUCGUUUUAAAAAAGGCAGCGAAAAUUCCGGGAAAAUGUUGUGAUCAAAUUGAAUGUAAUCCCUAUAUACCGAAAAAAUGUAUCGGUUUGAAUGGUGAACAAUAUAAUACGGGUGAUUCAUGGCAAUUGAAUGACGAUUGUCAUCGUUGUAAUUGUAUUGAUGGUGUACAAAAAUGUGAAAGUAUUGAAAAUUGUCCAUAUAAAUGUUUACCAGCUAAUCAUACGGAAAAACUUGAUUCAAAUCAAUGUUGUCCACGUUGUAAAGCUUGUAUCGAUGCGGAUGGACAAAAACAUAUUGAUUCAUCGAUAUGGAUUGAUAAUUGUCGUCGUUGUGAAUGUAAAAAUGAAAAAAUUAUCUGUAACUCACCAUAUGGUGGUCGACAAUUUUGUGAUCGUCCUUGUAUGGAAAAUGAACAUCGUCAAUGGCAAAAUGAUCAAUGCUGUGAUAAAUGUGAAUGUAAUUUAAAUUGUCCGUUUGGUUUUCAAAUCAAUUCUACUGAUAUUAAUCAUAAAACAUUAUGUAAAUGUAAAGAACAUCUAAUCCAAAAUAAAUCCAUCAAAACCGAUUAUAAUUCUCCUCAACAAGCCUCGAACACAAAUCAUUCCAAUCCAAUAUGGAUUCUAUUAGGUUUUGCUAUAUUAAUUAUUGUUUGUUCAUUUUGUUCAUAUUCGGCAUGUGCUUAUUUUAAAAAUCAUCAUCAUCCAGUUACAACAAAAACAAAUUAUCAAUAUAUUAAUCAA